AUGGCUACCGAUUUUAGCGACGAUGUUAAAGAAGCCUUACUUUCUGAAAAGAAAGAUCAUUCUCAACUCAAUAAUGAAACAAAUGUCGUCCACAGAAGAAGAAAUCGCCUUUAUAGCAUUAGCACUACCCCAUGUCCAUCAUUCAAGAACCGCCUACAACAAAAUGAAGCGGAAUCUCAAUGUCCUGUAGAUUCUGAUCCGCUCUAUGUAAAACCACAAUUCAGUCUAACGCAAGUACUUUUGUUGUUGAUUGCGUACAUUGGUGGAGGCACAUUUUGCUUUUUCCUGAUGAGGCAUCAGAUAAAGGGUAAGAAAACAAAUGCGAUUCUGGACUCCAUGUACUUGUGUAUAGUCACAAUGAGCACUGUUGGUUACGGGGACCUUGUGCCAAAUAGCAUGUUGGCAAAGCUAGUUGCAUGCGUUUAUGUGUUCAUUGGCAUGGCCCUUGUUGGCAUAAUUCUUGGCAAGGCAGCAGAUUACCUUGUAGAGAAGCAGGAAAUCCUUUUGGUUAGAGCUAUACAUUUUCGCGAAAAAUUUGGGCCACAGGAGCUUCUUAAGGAGGUUGAGACCGAAAAAGUCAAGUUCAAAUGUAUUACUGUCGGAAUCCUUCUUUUGAUUCUUAUUAUAGUAGGUACUGUCUUCUUAUGUCUAGUUGAGAAUCUGGAAGUUACAGAUGCUCUCUAUUGCGUUUGUUCCACUAUAACUACACUAGGCUAUGGGGACGAGAGUUUCUCAACGGGAGCUGGUCGUAUUUUCGCUGUUUUUUGGAUACUGAGCAGCACCAUUUGUUUAGCACAGUUCUUUCUCUACCUUGCUGAACUAUACACUGAAAGAAGGCAAAGAUCACUUGUGAAGUGGGUUCUUACGAGGAGAUUAACACCCUCGGAUCUUGAGGAAGCAGAUCUUGAUCAUGAUAAAGUCGUUAGUGCGGCAGAGUUUAUCGUAUAUAAGCUAAAGGAGAUGGGGAAGAUCAACCAGGAAGAUAUUGCACUGGUGAUGGAAACGUUCAACAAACUUGACAUUGAUCAUUCAGGAACUUUGACGGCAUCUGAUUUAAUAUCAAUACCAUCUCAACAAACAACUUUAAGUUUAAGUUGAUACGUCUGACAUUGGCAAGAACUAUAUGACAACUCCGAAAUUCACAUGCCUAUAGACGACAUUGGAGUCGG